CAGCUGUUGGAAUUUUCCCAUGUAGCUCAGUGUUAGGAGAGCUUCGACCGCAGGUAAAGGCCUUGCACAGACUUCGUUUAUGCCCUCGAAGUGGAUAAGACCCUUUCGCUCCGUCAUGAAUGGUCUCAACAAUAAUAUUAUACCUGGAGAGUGCCAGCUGCCCUCCAAGGGAGAGUGUAUGGAGGUAUGGCGAUCAUCAGAUGCAGUGUGCUUUGACGUGGAUUCCACUGUCAUAACAGAUGAGGGACUGGAUCAGCUGGCAGCCUUUUGUGGGAAGGGAGAGGAGAUCAAAAAGAUGACAUUGCAAGCCAUGCAGGGUAGAAUGGAAUUUAGAGAUGCUCUUAGAAUGAGGCUUAACAUUCUUCGACCAAACCUUGAAACAGUACAACGAUUUGUCCGAACACAUCCACCGAAACUCACCAAAGAUGUUGGGAGGCUUGUGUCUGCCCUGCACGCUCGUGAUGUUGAUGUAUACCUUGUGUCUGGGGGAUUCCGUUCCCUUAUUGCACCUGUGGCAAAAAUGCUCAACAUCCCCUUGGAGAACAUUUUUGCCAACAGAUUAAAGUUCUUCUAUGAUGGAGAAUAUGGUGGUUUUGAUGAAGCACAGCUGACUAGCAGGUCUGGUGGCAAAGCUGAAGUAAUUUCCUACUUGAAAAAGAAAGAAGGAUAUUCCAGGAUUGUUAUGAUUGGUGAUGGAGCAACAGAUAUGGAAGCCUGCCCACCUGCUGAUGGCUUUAUAGGUUUUGGAGGAAAUGUUGUCAGAGAAAGUGUGAGAAACAUUGCAACAUGGUAUGUUACUGACUUUGCCACUCUCAUUAGUGAGCUUGAAAGAAAAGACUAAGACCAUAUUAAGAGCAUUAAUAUGAAUAAAUUGCAAUUUCAUUUUUUGAAAAAUCUUGAUCUUAAUAUUAGCUGUGAUCUGUAUAAAUGUAGCUUUAAAAUCAUGACCACAACCAUCCGUGAGAUGAAGACCCAGUAAUAUUUUUUUUGAUAGACAUUGAUAUGUAUGACACUAGAGCAGAUAUGAAUAAAACAUUUUGAGUAACCAAGCUACCAAGUAUAAUCUAUUGAGAUACAGUGGUGUAACACACACACACAAAAAUGUAAACUGCCCAUGAAUGAAACUAAAUAAUCCUAGAAUACACCUCUUAAAUGUCUAAAUUGCAGAAGUGUUAGUGCCAGUUAGCUAAUCUCAUUUUAUUACUUUUUAUGAUAUAUGAGCCUUAUAUAAGUGAAAUGUUCAUGUAUUCCUUUUUUUCUUUUUAAAGGUUAUUUACAAUACUUCUGAUUUUAAUGGAAAUAAAUGUUCCUAGUAAGAAUGCAUUUCAGUGAUAUAUAAACAGGUUUGAUAUUUAAGGAGGAAUUUGCAAAAUACCUGUAAAUGUUGAAUGGAAGUCCUUAACUAUAUAAUUGUUAUUUAAAUAUAAAUAUCUUUUCAACUCAGGAAAGAAGCUAACUACACCUUACAAUAGCUUCCACAUGUAGAAUAGGAUUUUCCACAGUAUUAAUAUUUAAUGUCAACAGUUAAAGUUGAAGAUGGAAACUAAGGUAAUUUUUUAAGCACUUCACUGAAUGGCUGUAACCUGUAACUAUGUAUGUGUAUGGGGUUUGUAUUUGCUUAUGUAUAGAUAUACAUGUGCAUGGUUAUGCAUUUACCCCUAGUAUGUUUUAUGUUACGGUAAUUGAAGAAACAUUUACUAAAACCAAACAGACUUUGUGUUAGAAUAGAUUUGCUGAAGUAGAAUUUGGUGCUAAUAUUAAACAGUUGUCUUUCAGAUGUUCAACAUGACUAUUCAUAACUCAAGAUCUAUUCAGGGCAUAUAUUUAAAGUAAAAAAGAUUUUAUAAAAAGCUUAAAAUUAUAUUUUGCACUUACAAGACCUCUGAGUGUUACUGAAUAGUAUAUACAUUACAGUAUUUAGUGUUUUGCUAAUGAUUUUGUACAUGACAUAUGCACAGAUAUGGAUUUAUGUGUGCAUAUAUUGUAUGUGUUCAUGUUCCUAAGAAAAGAAUAGAUUUAAGUAUUUGUAUCUCAACUUCCAUUUUUGUUAUAAUUAAACCGGUGAUUUCAUGUAAGGCGAAAGAAAUGGAAGUACAGCAUUUAUAUCACUCUAACAUUGUUUCAAAUUUGAACUUUUUUAUACACCUGAAGGUUAUUUUCUCUCUCAUGUAUGUUUGAAUAUUAAGAACUUAAUUAUAUCACCAGUCAUAUAUUAUUCAUUCAUUUUAUUACCGUUUUACACACAUUCCAGAUCCAUAGUCACUGGUUAUUUCAUUCAUUACAUUUCUGGGUUAAUAUCAUUUCAAGUAUUGAGAAUAUUUAUGUACAGCAACCUCUUUUUUUUUCUUCUUUUUUACUGAUAUAAUAUUUAUUGAAAAUUUUGAUUGACAAACAAUGAGAUUAUUGUUCAUUGUAUUUUGAUAUACCCAUCUUCACCUUUCCUUACAUAUGCAAUUUGCCUCAUUAUUGUGAUACUACAGUGGUCAUAUAUGUGCUCAGUCAUGAGGAAACAUCAGUUUUUUCACUUCGUUUCCUGUGUUGUUAACCUUUACGUUAUGUGACUUGAAGAAAUUGUAUAUAAGGUAACAAUUUGGAAUUAAGUAAUCACUUACUUUCCAAGGCUUGUAUCAGUAAUGUUUUAUCAUACGUUGCACCAUCAUAUCAGGAUGGACAAAUAAAUAGGAAAUUGAA